AUGGUCAAAGAUAAUGAGUUCAAAAGACAGCAGCAUGUUAAGGAUAUUUUUGCUGAAGUUGAUACGGAUGAUCCUGUUACAGUACGAGAAAGGAUGCAUAUUUUGUCGUUAAAUCUGUUUCAGUUAAGAGAUGAAUUACAAAAUGACGCAGUAACUGCCGUGGCAGUAUUAAACGCUUUUGUCUGGAAAGCUAUAAUGGUACAACGUGAAAUUAAUUGUGUAAUCGAUUUUCUGGAUGAAGCCUUUCAUCUGGCAGAAGAAUUAGAUGCAAAAUGGAAUAAAGUUUCCGGAAAACCUCCUCUUUUCGGACUACCCUUCAGCGUUAAAGGAAAUUUUUAUGUUAAAGGGUACGAUUGCACUAUUGGUCUUGCAAAGUUUUUGCAAAAACCAAUGAAAAACGAUUGCACAUUAGUAGCAUAUUUAAGAUCCCAGGGCGCUGUACCAUUCGUUAUAACAACUGUUCCACAAGGGCUUUUGAGUUUUGUAUGUUGCAGUAGUUUGUAUGGAACGACUUUCAAUCCACAUUCACAUUCUAGAUAUAUUGAAAAUUUGAAUCCUUAUUUUAGAACUCCAGGAGGAUCGUCUGGUGGGGAAUGUGCACUGCUUGUUGCUGGAGGAAGUACUUUUGGAAUUGGAAGUGAUUUAGCUGGUAGUUUGAGAAUUCCAGCUAGUAUGUGUGGUGUUGUUUCUUUGAAACCAACAGAAGGACGCUUAAUAGUGAAAUAUGUUCACAGUGGAGUACCUGGUAAAAAUAAUCUAGCGCUGAGCUAUGGUUUCUUCACAAAGACUGUUGAAGAACAAAUUUUCUUACUAAGGAAUUUGUUAGGAUCAUCAGAAUAUCCUGAAAUGGUCUUACAUCAGCCACUACUACCACUAAAUGACGAAAGACUCACUGUUGCUGUGAGUCGUCCUCUUCGGAUUGGUUAUUUUGUUGAAGAUGGAUUUAUGAAGCCCGUUCCAGCAUGUGCAAGAGCUGUUAUACAAACCGUCGAGAAAUUGAAAACACUCGGUCAUGAACUAGUACAGUUUCAUUUACCUGAACCUGAGAAUGCUGCUUCAUUGUUUUAUAAAAACUUGAUGCCUCAUGGAGGCGAUUUUUUAGUGCAACUCUAUUCUAACGAAGAAACCCCAUCGUACCUUCGUACAUUCACUUUCUUACUUAAGGUACCAUUCUUCGUACGAAGAAUUGUUAGUUUUGUUCUGUCUUUUAUCAGUAAACCGUUAUCAAUAUUAGCUGGUUCAUACAUCGACAGCUUAAAAAGCUUGCAAAUCACGCAGGAGAUGACUAAGCAGUAUACAGAAAGGUUCAUCGAGGAUUGGAAAGAACUCGAGCUAGAUGCUCUGAUAUGUCCUGCGUUCACAGUUCCGGCUGUACCACAUGAUUAUCCAAGUCGUCUUGGAGCUUGUUGUUUUGCAACUGGUUUGUUUAAUAUGCUGGACUUUCCUGCUGGUGUAGUGCCGGUAGGAAAGGUUAGUGCUACUGAUGAUCGUUCACUGCUCGACGAAGUUGUUUGGCCUACAGGUAAUGACCCGGCGUUGAAAAUAUUGAGAAGUGCAGCACGUGAUUCCGUCGGCUUACCAGUUUCUGUGCAAAUUGUUACUUUACCAAUGAGGGAAGAGUACUGUUUGUCAUUAAUGAAAGAAGUCGAAAAAGUUUGGAACAAGUGA